AAAAUAAAACUUAAGGUCCGUUUCAGAAUGGUUUUUAUCAAAGAGUGGUGUCGGCAGAUCAUUUGCCUGUUUCGCCACAACCACGAUACCCUGAGUAAGUGUACCAUUAUGUUCGUGAUGCUGGUGGGGAUUCUGGACUAUAGCUACGUGAAGAGCAACUGCGAUCUGCUGUGGUGGAAGAAGCAGCUAACCGACCUGAAAGUGGGCCCCAUGUUUGCUUUGCUCUACAUUGUGACUUUUAAAGUGUCACUCAUCCUAUUCAUGACAUUUUGGAGUUACACGAAAAAGAUAGACAGGGAGCAGGAGAAGAAUGACAUGCCCAUCUCGGAAGUAAAGCGACGCUAUCGUCGCUUCAUUAUGAUGCGUCUGCUGAAAGCAUUUAAUGACUUAGUAGAGGAACGUCACCUUCUCAAUCUUACUCAUUCCGGAAACGUAAAGAAGCGGUUUCUCAAGAAGCACUCGAAAUUUAUCAAAGAAGUGGAACUCUUUCGCUGGAAUGCACGCAAGCUGUACGAGCGCACCGAUGAUCAUCUGUCUUUGCCCCUCCACCAGGUGCUGACCGUUGACGAUGAGCUGGAGUACCAGCUCCUGCAGAGCGGUUACGGCGACCGCCUGACGAUGCUCAGAGAUGUGGAAAUCCACCAGAUGGUCUACGGAUACCAAUAGUAUACGCAACUUGCCAGCAGCAGAAAUCUUCCUCUCCCCAUUUUAAAAUACUUUUCAAUUAGAUUUCCACUGAUUACUUUACUAGGGAUCGCGCUCGAAUUUGAGAUGAAUAAAAAUUCCUGGUAAAAAUAA